GCGUAUAUUAUUAUAGUAGUAGAGAAAAAUAAGGCCCUUGUUUGGUCCGCAUUAUGAUCCAACAAGAAAAUCAAGACUUGGCUUCUUCCUUGCCUGCUCUUCCACGAUUAGAUCGACUUGAUCGUCUCCUGCAGCUUCUAGAAGAGAAACAUGGUCUUUCAGGAAAACAUUCUCCCAAUAAGAAAGAGGAAGUACAAUCAGAGGAUCAGUGCAAGACUCUGACUCUAUCCUCUGCUCUGGAACAAGUUCAUCACAAAGGCACACUCAUGGAGCGACUUUCCGUCCUUGAAACUCGAGUUUUGCAGUUAAGCCAGAUAAGCCUAGAUAUGGAUGAAGGAAAAUUGUCAGGGUCGAGCUCAUCAACAGGUGUACUUUCUUCUUUAGAGAAGUCAGGGCAUACUUCAGUUACCUCUACGGUACUUACAGGUCAGGACGAGGACGAAAAAGAAAAUCUCCAUGAGAAUAUCAAAGACCCUCUUGCUGUUGCAGUUGAGGAAAAAAGCUUGUCCAUUAAUGCAGUAUCUUUGACAGAAAAGAAAGAACAAAAUACUAGCAUGAGUAGGAUUAAGAGAAGGAAAUCCCACAAAAAGUGGUCUGGCUGGCUCCGAUUACUGGGAUGUUGAACUGUGAUAUGUGAAAUGUUUAGAACCUUUGUUUAUCGUAA